AUGGGAGAAAAGAUCGAGAAUGGAGAAAGGAAAACAGUCUCAUCUCAUACUCCACACGAGCGUCUUCUUGCCGCCUCAUUUGCACGGAUUCUACGUGGGCAACGGCCAGGAAUGGAAAUUGGUCAACGCCACUCAUCGGACUCGUCGGACGAACGUUUGGCCGCCGUUAAACGAAUGCGAUUAUCGACGAUGAAACCAAUGGGACUCCAGGACUACUCCGCCGGCGCCACAAAUGUUACAUUUCAGCAGCACAAAAUCGGCCGCGAGGAACGUGCUCAGAUCAUGGGCAAACAUCCGGGCUUCCGUGGUUGCACAAUCUGGUUCACGGGACUCUCCGGCGCUGGAAAGACUACUGUAGCUUUUGCUUUGGAGAAAGCUCUCACUCAGUUGGGUCUUCCCUGUUAUGGACUUGAUGGUGACAAUGUCCGUCAUGGUCUCUGCAGGAAUCUCGGCUUCAACAUGGGUGAUCGUUCCGAGAACAUCCGCCGCGUCGCUGAGGUGGCCAAAUUGAUGGCAGAUGCUGGAAUGGUUUGUCUUGCCUCAUUCAUUUCUCCUUUCCGAGCUGAUCGUGAUCAAGCGAGAAAAAUUCACGAUGCGGAAGGGCUUCGCUUUAUCGAGGUCUACGUGAACACGCCACUCGAGAUUUGCGAGACCCGUGACCCAAAAAAACUUUACAAAAAGGCGCGAGCUGGCGAGUUGCCCGGUUUCACCGGUAUCGAUUCCGCCUACGAGCCGCCAGAGACACCCGAUUUGCUGGUUCAAACGGAGAACCGCUCCGAGGCUGAGACUGUUCAUCAAGUGCUUCACUAUCUCUACGAUUUGGGCAUUCUUCCACAAAAGGCAAUGGAUGAAUUGAUGACGUCACCGGUGAGAGAAUUAAUCGUGAAUGAUGUGUCGAUUCGAUCAACGCUGAACACACAAGCACAAGCGCUUGCUAAAGUUGAACUGCAGCACAUUGAUGUGGAAUGGUUGCAGGUUUUGUCCGAAGGCUGGGGCACUCCUCUUGGUGGUUUCAUGCGAGAAAGGCAAUACUUGCAGGCUCUUCACUUUGGUCAAUUGUUGGAUUUGAAGCACAAAUGCGCUUUCCCCGGCGACAACGAUGAUGGAGCACAGGAUCCAUACCCGAUGUUGGACUCAGUGAAUCAAUCGAUUCCAAUCGUUUUGCCGAUCACCCUCGAACAAAAACAAACGAUCACCGCUGCUGAUGGAACUAUUCUCCCCGAAGUGGCGCUCGUCUAUAAAGGAAAAGUUCUCGCAAUUCUCAAGGAGGGUGAGGUGUUUGACCAUCGCAAAGAGGAACGGGUUUGCCGGCAAUUCGGCUGUGCCGACGCUCGUCAUCCGACCAUCGAUCUCAUCAAGAAAAGCGGUGAUUUCUGCUUGGGUGGCGAUUUGCAGGUGUUGGAGCGUAUCACGUACAAUGACGGCUUGGACAGCUAUCGCCGAACGCCGAACGAGUUGCGGCAAAUUUUCGAUCAAAAGGGAGCCGACGCCGUGUUCGUCUUUCAAUUGAGAAAUCCGAUUCACAAUGGACACGCCUUGUUGAUGAGAGAUACGAGGGAGAAGCUGCUCAAAAAAUAUAAGAACCCCAUGCUUCUCUUGCACCCUCUCGGUGGAUGGACAAAGGACGAUGACGUUCCACUUCCAGUCAGAAUUGAGCAACAUCAGGCAGUGAUUGAGGAAGGAAUUCUUGAUCCAGCUUGGACAGUUCUCUCAAUUUUCCCUUCUCCAAUGCUCUACGCCGGUCCAACGGAAGUGCAAUGGCAUGCGAGAGCAAGAAUUGCUGCUGGAGUGCACACAUAUAUUGUGGGAAGAGAUCCAGCCGGUAUCCAGAAUCCAGAGAAUGGAGAUUUCCUCUAUCAUCCAGAGCAUGGAGCAAAGGUUUUAUCGAUGGCUCCGGGUCUCUCUCACUUGUCGAUUCUUCCAUUCCGUGUGGCCGCCUACGAUAAAUCGGUUGGCCGAAUGGCUUUCUUUGACCCGAAAAGAAAAGAGGAAUUCGAGUUUAUCUCGGGAACGAAGAUGCGCGGUCUUGCUCGUUCGGGUCAAACUCCUCCCGAUGGUUUCAUGGCUCCAAAGGCGUGGACGGUCCUCGCUUCCUACUACAAAAAGCUCGCUCAACAAAAUGGACACCAAAAUGGGGUGGCCAAG